ACUGUAACAAGAUAUGAUACAAUUAUCUUAUCAUGUCUCUUAUCAUGUGAAUCAAACGGAUCUUUAUCGUCUUCCCGCUGUAAACGUCACGUGUCCCCCAUACCUUAGAUUUCUUCAUUAAUUAAACUUUCUUUCUCUUCAUUCCGUAGCUUAGCGGGAACAUUUUCUUCCUCUUCUUGUUCUUAUCAACCCAUCCUCUUUUUCAUUUUCAUCCAACCUCACAUUCAUUCUAAAUCUCAUUCCAUUUUCCUUUCAUCACCACAUCCUUCUUUUCUCCAUUUUCAAUCCAUCUUUUCACAUACAAUUCAAUCCCUUUAUAGGAAUGGAUCAUAUAAGUAAUGAAGCUACCGUUGAUCUUUUUCCAAUUGGCCCUUCAGGUAUUCUUGGUCGAACAAUUGCAUUCAGGGUUCUUUUCUGUAGAUCCAUUUCACAUUUAAGGUAUCAGAUUUUUAUUGGGUUAUUGGAUGUGUUUCGUAAAUUUAGGAAAUUUUGGGGACCCAUUAUAUCAUCAUUGCAUCCUAGAAAUCCUCAAGGGAUAUUAGCAAUUAUUACAAUUCUUGCUUUUUUAUUGAAACGUUAUAGUAAUGUUAAGGUAAGAGCUGAAUUAGCAUAUAGGAGAAAAUUUUGGAGGAAUAUGAUGACAACUGCAUUGACUUAUGAGGAAUGGGCUCAUGCAGCUAAGAUGCUUGAUAGAAUGACACCGAAGAUGAAUGAAUCGGAUUUUUAUGAUGUGGAAUUGGUUAGGAAUAAGGUUGAAGAAUUACGACAUCGUAGACAAGAGGGGUGUCUUAGAGAUAUUAUAUUUUGUAUGAGAGCUGAUCUUGUUAGAAAUUUAGGUAAUAUGUGUAAUCCUGAGCUUCAUAAAGGUAGGCUUCAUGUUCCUAGACAAAUUAAGGAGUAUAUUGAUGAAGUGUCGACUCAGUUGAGAAUGGUUUGUCACUCUGAUUCCGAGGAGCUUGCUUUGGAAGAAAAACUUGCUUUCAUGCAUGAAACUAGACAUGCGUUUGGGAGGACUGCUUUGUUGUUAAGUGGGGGUGCUUCUCUUGGAGCUUUUCAUGUGGGUGUUGUUAAAACACUUGUUGAACAUAAGCUUAUGCCUAGGAUAAUUUCUGGUUCAAGUGUAGGAUCUAUUAUGUGCUCUGUUGUUGCCACUAGGUCUUGGCCUGAGCUUCAAAGCUUUUUUGAGGAUUCGUUGCACUCUUUACAGUUUUUUGAUCAAAUGGGUGGGAUUUUUACGAUUGUGAAGAGGGUCACAACUUUUGGUGCAGUUCAUGAGAUCAGACAGUUGCAGAUUAUGUUGAGGCAUUUAACAAGCAAUCUUACAUUUCAAGAGGCUUACGACAUGACAGGCCGGGUACUUGGGAUUACAGUUUGCUCUCCGAGAAAGCAUGAACCGCCUAGAUGUCUUAACUACUUGACUUCACCCCAUGUUGUUAUAUGGAGUGCAGUCACAGCUUCUUGUGCCUUUCCUGGCCUUUUUGAGGCCCAGGAAUUGAUGGCAAAGGAUAGAAGUGGAGAUAUUGUUCCUUACCAUCCUCCAUUUAAUUUGGGUCCUGAAGAGGGUUCCUCACAAGUGCGCCGUUGGAGGGAUGGUAGCUUGGAGAUUGAUCUACCUAUGAUGCAGUUGAAAGAGUUGUUCAAUGUCAAUCAUUUUAUUGUUAGUCAGGCCAAUCCUCAUAUUGCACCAUUCUUGAGAUUGAAAGAAUUCAUACGAGCUUAUGGAGGUAAUUUUGCUGCCAAGCUUGCUCAUCUGGCAGAGAUGGAAGUGAAACAUCGAUGCAAUCAAAUACUGGAACUUGGUUUUCCAUUAGGUGGGCUUGCUAAGCUGUUUGCUCAAGACUGGGAGGGUGAUGUUACAGUUGUUAUGCCUGCUACUCUUGCUCAGUACUCAAAAAUUAUCCAGAACCCUUCAUACGUGGAGCUUCAAAAGGCAGCUAACCAAGGGAGAAGAUGCACUUGGGAGAAGCUUUCAGCCAUCAAAGCUAAUUGUGGAAUUGAGCUUGCUCUAGAUGAGUGUGUUGCAAUUCUCAAUCAUAUGAGAAGACUCAAAAGAAGUGCCGAGAGAGCUGCUUCUGCUUCUCAUAAUCUACCCAGUACUACUGUCAAGUUCAGUGCUUCAAAAAGAAUUCCAUCAUGGAAUGUCAUUGCGCGAGAGAAUUCUACAGGAUCUCUUGAAGACUUUCUUGCAGACGCUGCUGCUUCAUUUAAUCAUUGUGUCAGUAGUUCCAGUGGAGCCACUGGUAAAAAUUCCAAGUAUUACCGCAGCAUGCAUGAUGCAAGUGACAGUGAAUCCGAAAGUGCUGACUUGAAUACUUGGACCAGAUCUGGUGGUCCUUUGAUGAGAACUACUUCAGCAGAUAUGUUCGUCGACUUUGUCCAAAACUUAGAAGUUGGUACUGAACUAAAUAGAGGAACGGGAACUAAUUUUAGCCCUCAUGAUUUUCAGUACCACAGUCCCAGAUUCCCAACAUCGGAUAGAUUCUCUGAGAACUCAGAAUCUGAUCAGAGAGAAAAUGGCAACAGGGUUGUCAUGAAUGGAUCUAGCAUAACGGUACCUGAAGGUGAUCUUUUGCAGCCCGAAAGUAUACUUAAUGGAGUUGUGUUUAAUGUUGUCAAGAAAGAAGACUUGACACCUUCAAGUAGGAGUGAUGAUUAUGAUAGCUAUAACAAUGAUGUUGCUGAGUGUGUCCAAAUUGAAUGUCCAGGGAAGGAGAUGGAUGACACUGCUAGCACACCUUCCGAAAACGGAGAUGACGAAUCUUCAACAGCUAGGAGCCUAACUGAAUUGUGAUGUUUUUGGUUUGAUUAGUGGAUAAUUACUCUUCGGAGUGGGUGAGAGUAGAAUUGUCUGAGAAAUUGAGGUUCACGGAUUAGCAGCUGAAGAUGUGGUACUGCCGUAGGAGGUUGAAGGAUAGCAAGGAGUUGGCUCCCACGAAGGGGCAAACUUUCCAGGGAAUUGUCAUGGAGAUUGAAUCAAGUUGAGUAGAGAUUAAUGAGGCAAAACUGGCCCUAUUGAUGCCAUUUUUAACGGUAUUAGUUAUGUGGUUUUGCCCUCGCAGCAAUCUGAGUUUGCGGUGACACAAAGUACCGACGUUUUGAGUGGGCUGCACAGUUCAUGUUAAGGUGUCAAGUAUAUUGAAGGUGUAAGUAAGUUCUGUUUUGAUCUCGUUGAUGGAACAGUGGAUAUGAGUUUGUGUUUAUUGUAGAAUGGACUAAGAUAAGAACUUGAGAUGUUAGCAUAUAGGCUUAUUGAAUAUUGAUUCAAUGAAACUUUCAGGCUGGAUCAGGUACCUCCCGGGACAGGAAAAGGGUAAUGUGCCUUAUGUGGUAAACAAUGGAGCUGGUAUCUUUACCCGUAGUCCUAAGGAAACAGCGCAAAUUGUGACAGAAUGGUUCAGCCCAAAACUUGAUGAACUGAGGAAAAUGUCAGAGAAUGUGCUUAAAUUAGAGAAUCCAGAUGCCGUAUUUCAAGUCGUGAGGGACAUUCAUGAACUUGCUAAGCAACGCGGUCCGUAUUUCAUCUUUCAGUGGUUGGUUGUUACAAUCAUUGUUGAUUUGGAGUUGGUCGUGAAACUUUUCAGCCAAGACUAUGGGAGAAAUUUACUUCCACAUGGUUUUUUUCUUUUGAAUCCUACUUCAUAAAGUUGUUGCAAUCGUUCAUGACUUUUAACUGUUCGGUACAUUGUAUCUGGCUCAUAAUAUGAACUAAUAUCUCUUAUAAAUUGACCGAAGAGGGUAUUUGAUAACAUAAAUCCACUGAAUAAAGUUGUUGCCUAUAUACACAAUCGUCAAAUUCAACUUACA